GUUGUUCUCAGGCUUUUGUUAGGAGGGGUGUGUUAGAUAGAUAUGUUCCAACUUAAAAAAAAAAAAAAAAGUAAUUUUUUUUUCCCUUUGAUAUAAUUAGCUCAAUAUAAAUGUCACAUUUUUAGGAGCCCAUAGGAAUGAGUUCAAAGCGAGUUUAUUAUGAAUGCUCAUCAUGGCAGAGUUUGCCCUAAUGAAAAGUUAGCUCGGGUCGACCAGGUUUUAUUUCUUUGGACGUUUUUUUUUGUUUUUAAAUGCUUAAAGGGCCGAUCGUGUAGGCUGACAAUCACCUCCCCGAGUGUGUAGAGUGAGAAACGAUGAGCGGAAAUAACACGCAGGAGACGGCCGGCUAAUAUUUAGCUCAUGCCCAGACGAUUUCGAUCCUAAUUUCGGUCUCAAAUCUUUCAAACAUUCCUUCACACACUCCUCCAAUAUUUUUAUUUUAUUUUUUACGUUUUUUCAACCCUAACUCGGGUUUUCACUCCUAGCGUGUUAGCAAUGCCGCUCCUCUCUACUGUGUAGUGUUGUGGUGUUAGCGUAAGAGCUACUUCCGCUAGCUUUUUUACAUCCUUCCGGUUGUUUCUUUUUUUUUACUCGCUUUUUUUUUUUAAGCGAUGUCGAAUAUUAACAACGACGCCGCGAGCUUGAUUAAAGACGUAAAGCCGGGCUCGAAAAACCUGCACAUCGUCUUUAUAGUUUUGGAAAUAGGUCGAGUGACCAAGACGAAGGACGGACACGAAGUGCGCUCCUGCAAAGUGGCCGAUAAGAGCGGCAGCAUCGCCAUCUCCGUCUGGGAUGAACUGGGCAGCCUUAUCCAGCCUGGAGACAUCAUCCGGCUGACCCGAGGCUACGCCUCGAUUUGGAAGGGAUGUCUUACGUUGUACACGGGCCGUGGUGGAGACCUGCAGAAAAUCGGAGAGUUUUGUAUGGUGUACUCGGAAGUUCCGAACUUCAGCGAGCCAAAUCCGGACCUGCUAGCCCAAGCCAACCAGCAGAACAAAACGAGUAAAGAACAGCGCGGAAACUCCCCGCCCAAUCAAAACGCACCUCCUCCUGUCCAAGCAGGAAAUGGCACCAUGCAGACCUAUAACAAUAACGCACCCCCGGCAGCCAACUACCCAGCCCCCGGGAGAGCGAACGGCCGUGUCCCUGGAAAUGGGCCGCCACCGGUAACUGCUGGACAGCCCGCGAAUCCUAAACCGGCCGUCACCAUCAGCAACGGCAGGGACCCUCGACGCGCUUCCAAAAGAUGAAGCGCGCACAAAGCUUGAAUUUCUUACUUUUUUCUUUUAUAAAGUAACUGCCAAUCAAGAGACACAAAGCCUUACAUUACUGUGCGGUCAGCCAAAUACUGGCUUUGUCCUCUUUCACUUAGGACUGUUAGAAUUUCUAAAGCUCGCCCAUCACCUUGUCUCUUUCUGUUUAGUCCGAGGUGUCCGUCACGUCCCGUUUCAACCAUCCACCCUUACUUGAACACUCGAUGCACUUUCUUCUUCGCUUAAUUUAUAGUGUGAAUCGCUGUCAAAGGAAUUCAGGAACGGUUCGCUGCUGUCGCAGACUCGAGCAAGACGCCGACUGCCUUGUUGGGGGGGGGGGGCUAAACACCCCUUUCAGCUUAAAACAUACCAAAAGUGACCGUGCGAAAGAGGUGAUGGUUUGACGCAUAGAUUUAUUUAAAUAGAAAUAAAACUAGAAAUUAACAAA